AUGGUUAACUUCACGGUCGAUGAGAUCCAUCUGUUGAUGAACAACCGACGCAAUAUCCGUAACAUGUCGGUUAUUGCUCACGUCGACCAUGGAAAAUCUACAUUGUCCGAUUCCUUAGUCGCGGCCGCUGGUAUCAUUGCCGCGUCCAAGGCCGGUGACCAGAGAUACAUGGACACCAGGAAAGACGAGCAGGAACGUGGUAUCACUAUCAAGUCUACUGCCAUUUCCCUGCACGCCGAUAUCCCAAAGGAGGAUCUUGCCGAUAUCAAGGAAAUCCAGGAGUACAAUGUCAAGGCUGAGAAGGAAAAGAAGGACAAGCUUGCACUAGAAUCCAACGACUUCUUGAUCAAUUUGAUCGAUUCCCCCGGUCACGUUGACUUCUCAUCUGAGGUCACUGCUGCUCUCCGUGUCACUGACGGUGCUUUGGUCGUCGUCGAUGUCGUCGAAGGUGCUUCCGUCCAGACCGAGACCGUCUUAAGACAGGCUCUUUCUGAGCGUAUCAAGCCAGUUCUGUGUAUCAACAAGGUCGACCGUACCUUGCUCGAGUUGCAGAAGACUUCCGAGGAAAUUUUCCUCAGCUUCCGUGAUAACAUUGAGAAGAUCAACGUUAUCAUCGCCACUUACCAAGACAAGGCCCUCGGCCAGGACUGGCAAGUUUCCCCUGAGAAGGGUAACGUUGCCUUCGCUGCCGCUCUCCAGGGUUGGGCUUUCACCAUCAGGUCGUUCGCUACCCGAUAUGCCCAGAAGUUCGGUGUCAACAAGGAGAAGAUGAUGGAGCGUCUAUGGGGCGACAUGUACUUCAACCCCUUCACCAAGAAGUGGACUAAGAACGACAAGCAUGAGGGCAAGCCACUUAACCGUGCCUUCAACCAGUUCAUCAUGGACCCAAUCUCCAAGAUUUUCAAGGAAGUCAUGGAGGACAAGCUUGAGGGUGAAAAGGGCAUCUUGGCCACCGUCGAGAAGCUCGGCAUCAAGCUCACAUCGGAAGAAAAGGCCUUGAAGCAGAAGCCACUCCUCAAGACCAUCAUGAGAAAGUUCUUGCCAGCUGCCGAUGCUAUCCUUGAGAUGAUGGUCAUCCACUUGCCAUCUCCUCAAAACGCUCAGGCAUACCGUGCUGAGCUCCUCUACGAAGGUCCUCCAGAUGAUGAGUCUUGCAACGGUAUCCGUGACUGCGACCCCAAUGCCCCACUCAUGCUUUACGUCUCCAAGAUGGUACCGACAUCUGAACGUGGACGUUUCUACGCUUUCGGUCGUGUCUUCUCCGGUACCGCCAAGUCCGGCUUGAAGGUCAGAAUCCAGGGCCCCAACUACGAGCCCGGAAAGAAGGAAGACUUGUUCAUCAAGGCUAUCCAGCGUACCGUCUUGAUGAUGGGUCGUCAAGCUGAACAAAUCGAGAGCGUCCCAGCCGGUAACAUUGUCGGUUUGGUCGGUAUCGAUCAGUUCUUGGUCAAGUCUGGUACUUUGGCUACUUCCGAGACCGCCCACAACUUGAAGGUCAUGAAGUUCUCCGUCUCCCCGGUCGUCCAACGUGCCGUCGAAGUCAAGAACGGCUCCGAUCUGCCCAAGCUCGUCGAAGGUUUGAAGCGUCUUGCCAAGUCUGAUCCUUGCGUCUUGAUCACCACCUCCGAAUCCGGUGAGCACGUCGUUGCUGGUGCCGGUGAAUUGCACUUGGAAAUUUGCUUGAACGAUCUCGGUGAAUUCGCCGGUAUCCCACUCAAGAUCUCUGACCCAGUCGUCCAAUACCGUGAAACCGUCACCGAGACCCCUAGAGAUGAGAAGCAACCACAGGGACCAGACGGUCUCCACCCACCAAUCUACGCCUUGUCCAAGUCGCCAAACAAGCACAACCGUAUCUACCUCCACGCCGCACCAAUCGACGAGGAGCUCUCCGUCGCCAUCGAUGCUGGCAAGGUCAGCGCCAAGGACGAUGUCAAGACUCGUGCUCGUAUCUUGGCCGACGACUACGGUUGGGAUGUUACCGAGGCCAGGAAGAUUUGGGCUUUCGGUCCAGAUACCAACGGCCCCAACAUGGUUGUCGAUACCACCAAGGCUGUCCAGUACCUCAACGAAAUCAAGGACUCCGUCGUCUCUGGUUUCCAAUGGGCAUCGAAAGAAGGUCCACUUUGCGAGGAACCCAUGCGAUCGAUCAGAUUCAACAUCAUGGAUGUUACCCUCCACGCCGAUGCCAUCCACAGAGGUGGUGGUCAGGUUAUUCCAACUGCUCGUCGUGUCAUGUACGCUGCUUUGCUCAUGGCCAAGCCAAACUUGAUGGAGCCUACCUACUUGGUCGAGAUUCAGGUCCCAGAAACCGCCAUGGGUGGUGUCUACUCCAUCUUGACAAGGAAGAACGGACAGGUCUUCCACGAAGAACAACGUCCAGGUACUCCUCUCUUCACCAUCAAGGCCUACUUGCCCGUCAGAGAAUCUUUCGGUUUCACCACCGACCUCCGUGCCGCCACCUCCGGUCAAGCUUUCCCACAGCUCGUCUUCGACCAUUGGCAAGCCGUCGAACUCGGAAAUGCCCUCGACCCCCUCUCCAACAUCUUCACCAAGGUCAUCCAGCCAGCCAGGAAGAGAAAGGGUCUCAAGGAAAACAUCCCAGACGUCAACGAAUACUACGACAAGCUCUAG